AUGGCUUUACAAUCAUAUGAUUUUGUUAAUGAUUCAACUUGUGAGAAACGUUUGGUGAAGGUCAAAGUUGAAGCACCGCGUGAGGUCCACAAAUGGCCACUUGCCAAGAAGCUUCCUAAUUAUAAUGUGACGGUGGGUCGUUGUUUCCAGCCUAUUUAUGUUUCAAUGUUUGAUACAUAUUCCAAUCAAAUUCCAUUUUUAAAAGUACCUGAAGUAGUGGUUAAGGUCGAAUGUAACAAGGGUGUUAACCUUAAAGUUUACAAAUGGAGCCCAUCUAUAUCAUUUAGCAUGUCGGCUCUCAUUCUCAAGGAUUUGAUCAUUGGGAGCUCUAAUUUAGACAGUGCAAAGAUUGGAAGAAAAAAAGAGUUUGAUGCAGCCUUAAGAGAACUUAGAGGGAAGGAUGUUGAUAUAUCUGAGGAAGCAAAUGAAAUCCAGGAUUAUAUAGAAACACUACAAAAGCUCCCAAAGGCCAAAAUAUUCGAUUUGUUUCAGAGAAGAUAUUUGCAAUAUGUCAGUGUUUAUGGUCUUGAAGCAGAUAUAUGGAGUGCUGGUGUAAUUUUGUACAAUCUUCUUUGUGGGGUCCCACCUUUUUUGGGAGAAUAUGAAAAUGAGAUCUUUGAAGAGGUUUUGAGGGGUAAUUCAUAUUGUAGUGUAUUUAUUCCAAAUCCCACUUUCUUUGGAUGGAGAAAAGGGUCACAAGAAUUAUCGGAGCAAGGGUUCAUUAGUCUUAAAGAAUUAUGA